AUGGUAAUGGUAUUGGUAAUGGUAAUGNUGGUGGUGGUAUUGGUAUUGGUAUUGCGCUGUGAAAAUGGUGAUGGCAAUGAUAAUGGUAAUGAUAAUGGUAAUGGCAAAGCUAAUGGAAGUAGUAAGGGUCAUUGUAAUGGUAAUUAUAAUGGUAAUGACUAUAUUAAAGGUAGUGGUAAUGGUAAUAGUAACGUUACUAGCAAUGAUUAUGGUAAUGACAAUGGUAACGGGAAUGGUAGUUGUAAUGGUAACGAUAAUAGUAACGGUAAUGAAUACGAAGAGCGCGAAGACGAAGACAAAUAUGAAUACGAUUAUGAAGACGAAUUCGAAGAAUAUUACAAAGAUGAACAGGAAGACGAAUGCGAAAACGAAAACGAGGAGGACUACGACGAAUAA